AUGAGGAAGAGAAGAGUUGAUAAUAGAAUUUCUUCCUUCACUAUAGGAGGCAAAACAGAAGAAGAUUAUUCUAAAGUUGUUGAGCACUUUCUAUCUCAUUUCAAGAAUUUUAUGGGGAGGAGAAAUUUGGCUGCUAUAGAGAUUGAUAAAAAUUGUAUUCUUCAGGGAAACAGAUUGUCUCUGGAUCUUCAAGUCAGAUUACAGAGACCUUUUACCAAGAGUGAUGUGAAGAAGGCUCUUUUUAGCAUUCACUCCUUCAAAAGUCCUGGUUUGGAUGGCUUUGGCUCGGGAUUCAUUAAGGGGUUAUGGUCAGAUAUUGGUGAUGAAAUUACUUCUGGUGUGUUGGAUUUCUUUCAGGAUGGGUACUUGCCGAAGGAUCUAAAUGAAAUUGUGAUUUCUCUUAUUCCUAAGAUAGCUGAUCCGAGCUCAGCUAGUGACUAUCGUCCUAUUGUGUGUUGUAACACUCUCUACAAGUGUAUAUCGAAGAUGAUUUGCUCUAGACUAUCGGAAGUGCUUCCCUUCCUUGUUCAUAGUAAUCAAGGGGCUUUUAUAAAAAAUAGAGUUCUAGCUCAUAAUAUUAUGAUAUUCCAGGACCUCCUCAAAGGGUACACUAGAAAGAAUAUUUCAGCUAGAUGUUUAAUGAAGAUCGAUCUGAGUAAGGCUUAUGACACAGUUGAUUGGAAUUUUGUGGAGGAGUUGCUUAAGCAUCUUUGUUUCCCCUCUAGAUUUAUUGGCUGGAUUCUAGUUUGCUUAAAAGACGAUUUGAUUAUCUUUUGUAAAGGUAAUAUCAGUUCAGUGAGUAAGAUUCGUGAAGCUUUCACUGUGUUUUGUGAUUCUACUGGGCUUUCUGCGAAUAAAUCUAAAUCCCAUAUCUAUUUUGGAGGGGUUAAGGAAACCAUCAAAGCUCAGAUUCUUGAGUUGUUGCAAAUGGAAGAAGGCUCCUUUCCUUUGAAGUACUUGGGGGUUCCUCUUCGGCUUACCAAGUGGAAAGCUUCAGAUUGUGGGGUGAUUCUGGAUAAGUUGAACAAGAAGCUUAAUUGUUGGGCGAGUAGGAACUUGUCUUUUGCUGGUCGUGCCCAACUUAUACACUCAGUUUUGCUUGGUAUAAAGAAUUUUUGGAUGAGUAUAUUCAUUCUUCCAUCCAAAAUUACUGCUGCCAUUGAUAAAAGCUGUCGGGAUUUUCUUUGGGGUUCUAAUGGGAAUAGAAGUAAGUUGCAUCUCCCUUCAUGGGAAAAGGUUUGUCUCCCCAAAAAGCUGGGUGGAAUUGGUUUUCGUGAAGGUAAGAAAUGGAAUAUGGCUUUGAUGGCUAACUUUAUUUGGGCGAUUACUACCAAACAAGACUGCCUGUGGAUUAAGUGGAUUAGUUCCAUCUAUUUGAAGGAGUUUAACGUUUGGAAUGUGCCUAUUAGUCAGGAUAUGAGCUGGUAUGUUAAGAAAUUAUUGAGGCUGCGACAUGUUAUUGAUGAGGGAUGCUUGAUGCAAGCUGUUAAGGGAGGUAAAUUUCAUAGUAAACACUUUUAUUCUUCUCUUAUUUCUGCGCAUUCUGUGGGUUUUGCUGAGACAGUUUGGAACAAACUUAUUAUGCCCAAGCAUAGAUUCAUUUACUGGCAGAUUUUUAAUAAUCAAUUACUUACUAGAGACCAUUUGAGCCGGUUCUUGCAUAUUUCCUCUGAUCUCUGCCCUGUUUGUGAGUCCAGUUUGGAAACUCAUAGCCAUUUGUUCAUGGAGUGCAUUUAUUCCAGGAAAGUGUUUGAGGAAAUCGGUAGAUGGCUGGGUUUUUUCCAUUGGCCUGAAUCUUAUGAGGAGCUUACUCAUUGGUGCUUAUUAGCUAAGCAUAACUUGAAGAACCAGAUAAUUAAUGCAGUGUUAUCAGCUUCCUGGUAUUUCAUUUGGUGCAACAGAAACAGCUGUAUUUUCGAAUCAGUUUGUAAAAUGGCCAGCAGCAUUAGUUUGGAUAUCAAGGAUGUAGUUAAGUAUAGGGUGUUUAGUUUGGGUUCUUUUUCUCAUAGAAAAAGGGACUUAUAUUUUCGCAAGAUUGUAGAAAGCUGGUAG